AGCUGGCAGCCGCUCCGCUUCCCCGGGCACCCAUGGACGGAGCGCGGGGAGGGCUGCCGCCGCCGCCUCGCCAGCAGCUCCAUGAGACUGUGAAAAGAAAACUUGAUAGCGCUGCCUCCCCUCAGAAUGGAGACCAGCAGAAUGGAUAUGGGGACAUGUUUUCUGUGUCCAAGAAAUUACGUCGUGAUGAUGGUCUUGGUGGGGUAAGUGGUUCCUCCAAUGGCAUGCCUCCUGUAUCCCCACUGCAUCAACUCGACAAGAAGUCUUCCAGUGGAGAUAUUUUACAUCUCAAUGGAAAGCAUUCAAUGGGACUUGACGGCAUCAGCAAAAAGUGUCUUCCAGAUUCUAAUGUCCAGCUGAAUGGAAGUAGCGAUAAUGAUGACUCAUUUCCUUUGGGUUUGAACAAAGAGCUCAAGCAAGAGCCAGUGGAUGAUCUUCCUUGUAUGAUUGCUGGGGCUGGGAGUUCUAUAUCUCAGAACAACCUGAUGCCCGAUCUCAAUCUCAAUGAGCAAGAAUGGAAGGAACUUAUUGAUGAACUUAAUAGAUCAGUGCCCGAUGAAGACAUGAAGGAUCUAUUUAAUGAAGACUUUGAAGAGAAAAAAGAUGCAGAUUCUUCAAAUUCAGCUGCACAGACUCCACUGCCACAAGACAUUAACAUAAAGACUGAAUUUUCCCCAGCAGCCUUUGAGCAGGAACAGAUGGGAUCUCCACAAGUAAGAUCCACCUCUUCAGGUUCAGCAUUUAUUGGAGCCUCUUCUGUCCCUGUUAGUUCAGCUUCUCCAGCAGUAGGUGGCUCUCAGACUAUGUUCCAGCCUUCUAGUCAGCCAAUGACUGAAAAUCCUAACCAAUCCAUGAUGCAGGCAUCAAACCAGUCUCAAAAUGUGCAGAGGUCUCUGCCCAAUGUAUUACUAUCUGGACAGGGCACAGGAAGUGCCAAAGACAUGUCGUCUUCUCACCAACUCCAGCAGAUAGCUGCCAAACAGAAGAGAGACCAGAUGUUGCAGAACCAACAGCAGGCAUCACAGGUCCACCAGACCAGUCAAAUUUCCAGCUGGCAGCAAUCUGGGCCUUCUCAUAGCCCAUUGGGUGUCCCCUACACCAUGGAGAAUCCUUCCAGCCCUUCGGUUUACCAGCAGGACUUCAAUAACCAGAAACUUGUGAUGCCCAAUAUGGCAAAUAAGAAUUCUCCCAGAGCUGGUAGCAAUUACCAUGUGAAUAUGAUGGGUCAUCAGCCAAACAGCCUGAACCAGAACCCCGUGAGCAGCCAAGGCUCCAUGCUAGACUAUGGCAACACAAAACCGCUUACACAUUAUAAAGCAGAGUGUGAACAAGGAGUUACAGUACCUGGUCAGAACAAGGCAGCUAUGCUGACCUAUAUGCAGCCACGCCCGCAGCCCCCACUGCCUCAUAUGGGUGAAGAACAAAAUGGCAUGUUCCUGAUGAAACAGAAGUCUGGAAAUAUUGCCUACAGACCUCUAGUACCGCACAGUCAGGAUCAAAACCCUUCUCCCAAUGUUCCUCGCGUCCCGGUUUCUGUCCCGGGUCCUGGUGUUGGUGCCCAGCCUCCCAAUGUUUCCAUCGCAGGUAACCAUAACAGUGCAGCUUAUCUCAAUAAUCAGCAGCAAGCAGCAGUAAUGAAGCAACACCAGAUGUUACUGGACCAGCAGAAACAAAGGGAGCAGCAAAAGCACUUGCUGAUGGAGCAGCAGAAGCAGCAGUUCUUUCUGGGGCAAAGGCAGCAACAACUCCUAGCUGAGCAGGUCGAUCAAGCUCCCCCUGCUGGAUGUUUCCCAGACUGCUGUGUUUGGCUCCACAUACCGGGACAACUUGUUUUUACACUGUCAGGCUCCUCACCCGGCAGACUGCAGACAGGAUUGCUGGAGAAACAGCGGCAGCAGCAAGAGCAGCAGCUCCAGCGACACCUGACCCGACCACCCCCUCAGUACCAGGACCAGCCACAGAAUCCUUACCAGCCGCAGGUCGGACAGUUUACAGGAUCCUCUUCAACCAUGGCCGGGGUAAGUAAUUUAGGACAGUCCAGUUCCAGCAGUCCACGGAUGUUUUCUCAGACCCAGAACAUGAUUCAGAUGGGACCUGGGCAUGGUUCUGUUCCUCCUCUCCAGUCGGGCUCCAGUCAGCAGGAUCGGGGUGUGACUCAGUACACAAACAUGCAAAACAUUCAGCGAGGGGGACUGUACAACAUGGCAUCUGGUAUGACGCAGAUGGUUCCUCAGCAUGCAAAUCAGAGUGCCAACGGACAGCCACAAAUGCAAAGACAGCCCAGCCUGGGCCAGGGCACUGCUGUGCCAGCUGGGUAUGGGCAGAACACCUUGGGGAAUUCGAGCAUUUCUCAGCAGCACAAUAAGGGGCCACUGAAUCCCACUUUAUCCAAGCCACAGAUGGCAAGAGUGCCAGCGGCAAUGGGGGCCCAGAACCCAUCUUGGCAACACCAAGGAAUACCCAACAUGAACAGCCAGACACAAGGAAAUGGGGGCUUAGGGGCAUUUACUGCCAGCUCCACUUUCCACUUGCAGCAAACUCACCUAAAGAUGGCCAGCCAGCAGUUUGCUCAAGGAAUGCCUCAGGUAAGCCUAAGCACCAGCCGACCCAUAGCCUCCAUGAACUCUGCUGUCGCUGGGCAGAUACUCUCAUCAUCCUUAGGCGCACAGCAGAGGACAAACCCACCUGCCCAGCAGCAGGUCCCCUCACAACAAGUCUUGCCUGGCAUGAACCAGGCAGUUCCAGAUCUGACUGCUUUCAACCAGAAUCCAAAUCAGCAGCUGCCCAAUAGAGCCAAUCUGCACUGUACUCAAGGUUACCCCGUGAGAACCACCAGUCAGGAGCUGCCUUUUGCCUACAGCAGCCAGGUGGGCAAUAAUGGACUGCCAAGCUUAACUGGCGACACAGACCUGAUAGACUUGCUGAAAAACAGGACUUCAGAAGAAUGGAUGAAUGACUUGGACGAGUUGUUAAGAACUCACUGAAACAGGGUUUGGGGGUUUGUUUUCUACAUCUUAUUUUUUUAUUUUGUGAAAUCUAAACUACGGUUGGACCAAAAACCUGUGGCUUUGAGGAGACUUGUAGGCAUUAGAAGUAAAUAGUUGGGAAAGGGACUGAAGCUACUUCCCAUUUGGGCUUUGAGACAUGGUAAUGGCACACCGAGCAAGUCCGCUGCGGCGCUGUGCUUCCUCUUUGUGUCUGUGGGAGGUUGCACGUUUGAACAGGUCAAACAAAUUGGUCUGCAUCCCAGCCUGCCCUUCAGAAAUUUCACUUGCAGUGUUUGGAAACUGAGGUUUUUGAUUAUUUACAAACCCUACAAAAACCCCACAAUAGUGGGGAAAAACAAGCAAGUAAAAAUCAUGCCAAUAUUUCCUAGAAGGGCUUUUUCCUGGAGCUCAUACUUCAUGUCACAGUCGUUCCCAGCUUGUCAUGCUGUUAGUUGCAAUACUGUCCCACCACGGUUCCCACUUCGUUUUUGCGGGAGGAGAGGACACGUGCCCCUGAGUGUGUUUGCAAGACGGUUUUAUUUUGAGUCAGGCCUCCUCCCCACUGCUGACGUGUGUGCCGCCAUUCUCAACAAGCAAGUGAUCUUUCUCAGUAAUGUUUGAAGCAAAUGCUUCUGGAUGCUGGUGAUAAAUGACAAAAAGUGUUAAAACCUGGCCAGCUGGCCUAGGCUGGUGACUUUCUUUAACGGAUCGUGGACUCCCAAGCUGCAGCUUGCACUCUUGUGGAGGGACGUGGUUCUUGGCUUUUACCUUAUUGUGGUUAAAGAGGGACUUUCUUAUGGGAGAACCUUUAUGAAUAUAUUAGAUGUAAACCCAUUUACUUUGCACAUGUUUUUUCAUAACUUAUUUCCAAAAUUAGUUGUGUUUAAAUGAGGACUUUGCUUUGUGAUAGCUCAUCUUGUUUUCCUUUUAGAUUUUAUAACGCAGGAUUUGUGAGGUUAGUCUUCUCCAAGAGUAAACAGAGAUUCCAUAAGCACAAGAUUUCGUCACUUUAGGAUCAAGCGCGUGAAAGUAGCACUGGGCCGAGAAGUGGAAAGUCCUUACCUAAAAUGUAAAUAUCAGCAAUAAUAGAGCAGGGAGCAUGGAAAAAUAUUGGCCUAGUCACUUGUCUCAAGGUUGUUCCAAUGUGAAGAUCUCCCCUUUAAGUAUUUCCCCCCCUGAUUUGUGAGAUUGAUAAUCUUUUUGCAGACAGGUAUAGAUACUUCUCUGAUCUCUCUUGAAGCAGGUGCUGGUUCUGCAGGAUAAGCCAGGAUGACUCUCGCACUCGUGUUGGGGUCAGUUGCAUACAGGAUAAGAAAAGCAAUGAGAACAAUCAGUGUUCUAAAUCCUUACUCGCUACCAAAAAUUCCCCUAUCGAUCAACAAACCACCUUGCCUUAACCUUUAUUUUGAGAUGGAAAUAAAGUUAAAAGCUUUGUUUUAGAUGCACAAAUACCUCUUCCCUUCCCAAACCCCUUGGGGGUGGGAAAUGUGGGCCAACUUUUUCCAUUUUUGUAAAGCUCCUUCUAAUUUUUUAGCCAACCCCAGCAUGACGAAAAGAAUUUCCUUCAACACAGACUAGUGUCUUGAGGAGGAGCCUUUCUGCUCUGCAGAGGUGUUAUGGUUUGGAGCGGGGAGGUGAAGGCUAAAAUUUGAGAUUUUGGAAGGAGAGUAUUUUACUGUAUUUGCAGCUCCUUUAUCAGAUAAUUUGCACUUUUUAUAAAAUCUGCUUUUAACACUAAUACUUUCAACCCUUUCCCAAUACACGUGAAACAUGGUCUUGCCCUUCACGCUCUUCUAGAUUUUGCAUUGUAUCAUGUUAAACUGUUGGGGCUGGUCAGAGCUGUUCACUUUUGGUGAUACUGCACAUUGACCAGUGGAUCCCAUAGCUGAAUGGAAGGUGAAGUUCCUCUGAAGUGAACUUAAACCCUUAUCGAAAUAUUUAAAAAAUGAAAAAUGGAAUUGAUUCUUAAAUGACAAAUGAAAGCAUCAGCGACACUGGGGUUACUGGCACUGUUCUAAGAUUUUUUUUAGGGAAAAAUCGCUGACUUUUAAAAUGACUAAUCCUAACUUUUUUGGUAAAGAAAUAAAGCCAGUGAGCUUGGCUUAAUGAUACAGUAAGCAAACAAUUGGUCCAAGGCUCUUGAAACUUCAUCAGAAGAGUCUAGACUUUAGCAGUUUUCUUUUCUUUCUCUCUCACUGUCUCUCUCGGUCAGGAGAAGGGUGUUUGUGUUACUUGUUUGUGUGUGUUGUUGGGUUUUGGGGGGGGGUGUUUCUUUUUCUUAAGUGUUAACUUAGCACCAGUGUGCCUUCAUUUCCUAUUGGGGGUACUUGGGACCUCAUACUCUCGAACAGUGACAUCCUGUAAUGUUGCUGAUCCUUUUCUCUACCCCUUAAAACACCCAGGAAUAACAGCCUGUUAGAACUUAAUUGCUCCUUUUCCCCUGUUUAGCUUAUGUGACAAAAUCCACUGUAUUCUUCAGGGGAUUUCACAUGCAGAGUUUAGGUCUAAAUACAUCAAAACAACAGUCCAUCCAUUUUGUAGCUCUGUAAUCUGAUGUAAAGGAGAUCAGCUCAGCAUGCUUGCUCUCUAAAGGAUAGUUCCUGUAGGUGUUCUGGAGAUUGCGGAUGUCCUUUUCCCUUCAUUGUUUCUGGAAGCUGAGAUGGAUAUUGGCCUGCUAAACAGGAGUGUGUUUCUCUGCAGAAGUCCUGAUUUGAUUUAGGACUUGGUCUGUAGUGGCCGUGGUACUGUUCAGUGCUCUUCAAACAUGGAUGGAGGCUAAUUGGUUUAUAAUUUCCUUCAGCCACUGUGAGUGAAUAAGAUCCGAACAAUGUUAAAAUGAUCGCGAUCCAGCCUCGACUUUCAUUUUUCAGCACGGGUGUCAUUUGGUCCCUGUCUACACAGUCUGAUCAAACUGUUGAUAACAUGGUGGCGGUGUUACCAUGUUUACAUACUGCUUAUUGGCCAUCGACAGUGAGGCCUAAAUGUGCAUAGGUGCACAAGUGAAGACAGGCUGGGCAUUGCCCUUGCGUGCUGUCACACACAGCUGUUAACACAUGCACUUGGGCUUUCCAUUUGCUGCAGCUUAAGAGCAAUAAGAUGUAGCUCCCCUGAGCCUUGCCUAGCCGGCUGCCCAUGGCUUUAUUUAUAAACUGAGGUUUUGGCUAGGCGAGAAGGGUGAAAAAGUCACUGUGUAACAUCCACUGCCUUCCAAAAACCACGAGUCAAUUGAAAAGGGUGCUCAAAUUUUUGUUAUACACAUUUCCUUUGUGUAAAUAAUGUUUACAGUUUUAUAUUAAAGAUUGAAUAAGAGUUAGAUCUUCUGACUGUAUAUUUUUUACUUUUUAUAGAUUUUAAAACUAUAAUUCUUUAUAUAUGUGUUUUUGGGGGUUAUGGUAACUUUUAUGCUUGUAAAUGGAGAACAGUUGAAAUUGAUGCUAACCUUUAUGAGUUUUUUGUCAUUGAAAUGUGUAAAGAGCCCAUUAAUCCCCUUAUUCUUUUACUACAAUUACUGGUGCACACCAAAAAGAAAUCCUUUACUUCUGUUUUAUCAUUAUAAAAAUAAAUAUUUUGCUAGUGUAUUAAAC